CACUCAUCAUCACAUUAGUUGAUUGAUAUCGAUUGAGAGUACAAAUCCGACGUGAAUCUCUUGUUCAAUCAUGUCGCAAGCAGCCGUUGCCAGCAGCAGUGUGAACUACAAGCUGCCGGAUCUGAGCUAUACGCCCGGAGAUCUCACCGAGCCGGAAUAUCGUCUGCCCUCGCACCAGCAGCUGCUGGACGCGAAACUCAAGCCACAAAAUGCGCCCGAACGGGAGCUACCCCUAAGCCGUCUCUAUUUGGACGAGGAGGCGGACCGAUUUGACCGAGCCGGAGCGAAGGAGGUGAGCAGACAAUUUCCAGCUCUAGCCGCCGCCCAGGCCAAAUACACUGGUCAACUGAACCAGAACUCGAGUCUAGGUCCGUCCGAGUUGGACUUCUCGCCCGGCAGGGAUCUGAUCUCAAGUAGACCAGUGCCCGCUCCCACUCCCGCUCCAGCUGAGACAGACUUGAGCCGUAAGAUGCCAUUGCACUCGAUUACGGAGAAGCCGAAUGAACGUUGUCCGUCGCCCGUAGUGCCAGCGUAUGCGAACUUCGAGCUGGCCAAGCGAAUGCAUCAGGAUAACCUCGACCAUCAGCCGUUGCCCGAUUGCGUCGCUGACUUGGCCUUUCGCAAGGCCCAAAUAACAGGAGGUCACGGCGGCCUAGCCCUCGACAUCGAUCCGAUUGCCACGGGCGUUGGUGUGAAGACCCACAACGCCGGCCCGACGCACUGCACCAAGAUGAAAGUCUAUCGACCAAAGACGGGAGGCGUUCUACCCAAAGCCUUGAACGGAGAUCCGUUCCGUGGAAUCGGUUCGGCGCCACCGAAAAAGAUGGGCGCCAUGGACCUGGCCAUUGGGUGGGACUUCAAGCCUGCCAAUCCGGCGGACGAGCCUCGUCUGGCAAGGCACAUAGAUGGCUCCAACGAUUCCGCUGGACCGGCCGUGUUCACGUGCGUCAAAACGCCUAGAGAAGAGCAGCCCAACAUAGAGCUGGGUCGCUCUGCGGGCGUAUUUACAAGCACCAUGGGUGAACCGGACUUUUUCGACAAGGACAUACUACGGCGGAAAACGGACUUUGCCGGCCGAUCAAUGGCUCGGGAGGAGAACUGCGGCUGCGACUACGCACCGCCUGCGCGUGCACGCAGUGUCUCGCGGGAGUCCAGCGCUUCGCAUUGUCGUCGAGCUCCAAAUUUACUCGACUCCAGCGGGCACUCCGGCGGCGUUAGCUUUGGACUGCCAACGAAUCGCCUAGCCAAGCAGUAUCAGUCCUCGCCCAUGCUGGGCGAUAAAGCCUAUCAAGCGCUGCGAGAGAAGUAUCUCGGACCGGACACCAGCGAUUGCCACACGGGCUGUCCGCAAAUCCCGGGUCCGGCUUGCAGGCGAGAUCAGCCAGCUCGGCGGCCGACGCGUCGCCUGUGCCACAAAGUGGCACCGGCUCCCCGAUGCUGUCCCUCGGCUCACGGCCAUUGCCUGUCGAGCAAGGCGGCCUUUCGUGCCGGCAUGCCCAAGCUGAAUGCCUCCGGCGAUUUCGUGGGCAUCCCGCCGAGCUGCGGAGCUGCCUCGGGUGGGGCUGCACGUGUUUUGGUCGUGCCACGCCCCCGACAGCCGUAUGCGAAAAAGAACUACGACAUCGACACGCUAGUGCCGCCGUUUCGCAGUCAAGGCGGCGGCGCCGGACAAGGCGGCUAUCCGGAGCACUGGAGGCUGGCCAGCGUCUAUCAGCACGCCUACAAGCCGCCCGAGCAGCGCAGGAGACCCCUGCUGCAGACUGUCUACAAGUAGAGCUGCAGCUUGCUAAGAGAUCCGUCGGUUCUUCAGUAGAGAUCUCUUCUGGGGCCAUGAAGGAAGGACAAGGAGAUGGCUCUGUCCAAAUAGGAUCCCUUCUACACCAGCUCUAGAGGAAUUCCUUAAGGAUAUUCGAAUUUCUUUAAAUUAGGUUAGGAUAUGCCUAUCUCUUCUUUUUAGAUUAAAAUCCAUGCCUUAAAAGCGAGAUAUCCCUUGAAAGGAAGAAUAUGAAAAUAGGUUAACUCUCUACUCAUUGUUUCAGAUGGAAAAGGGAUCUCUUAAAAGAUAAAUAUUGCUUAAGAUAUAUUGGGAAUAUUAGGGAAUACCGCCUUACAUUAGGAGAAGCUACUAUUCAACAAUUCAUGUUAUUUCAUCUGAGAUUCAAAAGAGGCCUAUUGAAAGUACUUCCUGUUCCAAUUCAAAGAUAGAUAUCCUUAGCUCUUUGAACUAGAAACUCAGGAGCUUUACCUGAGCUUGGUGUUACCAGACUUUACACUAAAAGGCCAUUACGAUCAUGGGCUUUUGCAUAUGAGGACCAAUAACCGAAUCGAUGAGUUUUAAAAGUCUAGCAAAGUUAGGAACAGACAUUAAAUUAGACCAUAGUUUCGUCAUAUGGAAUCGUAAUCGCCUUAAACUAUAAAAAUGAACAAAUCGAAUUCCUGGAAUACAAAUAAAUCAACGUUUUUUUUUUCA